CCCCAAUUGCUCAGUUCCCGCAGACCCCACGAUCCCGGCCGGCUGGUGUUUCCAGUCAUCGACUCAGAACAAGAAGAAGUUCGGGCGGACUCGCAAGUGGAUUCUUGGAGUCAUCCGUGUUCCAACUCCCGCCCUCCCCGGAAUUUCUGCGGACAGAGACUCUAGACUACUUUCCGUUCACUCUUGAUUGACCUUGACUUUCCGUUCCUUUCUUCUUUCCGCAAGAUACCCCAUAAAUCGAGUCCUUCGUGCCGUCCCGUCGUGGCUAUAAUCGGCUUUUCUCGCAGUUUGCUCCCGUCAGCGACCGUCCAACACUGCUCACUUCCCGCCAACCGGCUUAACCACAAGUAUGAGUGAAGGGCCUCUGGUCCCGGAAACUCGCGUAUUGGCGGUCGCCAGUCAUGUCGUCUCUGGAUAUGUCGGCAAUAAGAUCGCCGUCUUCAGUUUGCAAUCGCUUGGCUGUGACGUAGCAGCGCUGAAUACCGUACAAUUCAGUAACCAUACCGGAUACCGACAAUGGACGGGCUCGCGAGUCUCGGCGCAAGAAAUCGCGGACCUAUACCAGGGCCUGAAGCAGUCCUACCUCGACGACUUCGACAUGAUGUUGUCCGGUUACGUACCCGGCGCCGCGGCGCUCGAAGCAGUCGGACAGAUAGCGCAGGAGCUCAAGCGCAAGGCCGAGUCCAAGCCGGGCAGCUUCUUUUGGGUCCUAGACCCGGUCAUGGGCGACAAUGGCAACCUUUACGUCGCGCCAGAUGUGGUGCCCGUGUAUAAGAGCCUCGUCCACCACGCCGACCUAGUCCUCCCCAACCAGUUCGAAGCCGAACUCCUCUCGGACGUACCAAUAACGGACAUGUCCUCGAUCGGGCGCGCGCUGCAGGUGAUGCACGAGCGGUACGGCAUCCCGCACAUCGUCAUCACGUCGGUGUCGCUGCCCCACCCGGACCACCCCGUCUCGUCCCUCUCGGUCGUCGGCUCCUCCAUGACCGCCGACGGCCGCCGCGCCCGCGCCUUCAAGAUCGUCUUCCCCGCCAUCGACUGCUACUUUAGUGGUACCGGGGAUAUGUUUGCGGCCCUUAUGGUCGUGCGCAUGCGCGAGGCGGUGCAUAAUAACCAUGGUGGUGGUGGUGGUGGUGGUAGUGGGGGGGAGGGGCUGAUGGGCCGGGCGUCGUGGCUGAGUGACGAUUCUGUUGAUGCGUUGGACCUGCCGCUCGCGAGGGCCGCGGAGAAGGUGCUUGCGAGCAUGCAUGAGGUGUUGACCAAGACGGCGGAGGGGAUGGACGGGGUGGUGGAGAAAGCUCGUGUGGGAGCGGGGGUGGAGGGGGCGGUGGUUGUGGAUGGUGAAGGGGCGGGGGUAGGGGCGGAGGCGGAGAAGAAGAGGAUGCAUUUGUUGAAGAGCAAGGCGGCGGAGUUGAGGCUGGUGAGGCAUCUUGAUAGCUUGAGGUUUCCGAAGGUGGAGUUCCGCGCGCGACGAAGUUAUGGGCGUGGAUGA